CCCUUUCUAGGGAACUCGGCUGGCCGUCACUGCAUAUCUUAUUUUUAGUGGGUUACAUGCUGGAUCCAGUUGGGGUGCUUCCGCCUUGGGCUGUACUUCUCAUUUUGGACGCACGCAUGGAACGAAGCAGCAGAGACCACCUUUCUCUGGAGGUGAGAGCAGCACAAGAAAUGAUAGGAAGGUCUGGAUUUCACCCCGAGAAUGGACGUUAGUGGAUACAGAUUGCUGGAUACACUUCUUCCCAACGAUUUAUUCCUGGUUGUUAGGUGGAAGGAAAUAUGUGUCUAAAAAGGUGGGCUUUCUGCAAUAUCUCUAUGAUCCCAGGAAUCCACUCUUGGAAAAAGUACUAUCUUCAUCGCUCAAAUCUUGAAUCUAAGAUGACAUCAGGACAGGCUUCUGUUGAUUAUACAUGUAAAGCUAUAAGAGGACACAAUGGAGUGAUACAUGAAAUGGCUUAUCUAUCUGAGAAUCAACAUAUGUUUGCAACAGGAAAAGUAAAUUCCACUAUAUGUUCUGUAUCUUCUGAUGGCACAGUCAAGGCAUGGAAUGUCCAAGAGGGUAAACAGAUUUGGUCUAGUCCCCAACAGGAAUUUCCACUAGUAAAUAUUAUCACAUUUCCUGCAUUUAACCUGGCAGCUACAGCAGACACUCAGGGGACAAUCAAACUCUGGCAUGGGACUACAGGGGAAGAACUUUCAACUUUUUCAGUGUCAUCCACAUCAUGCUGUAUGGUAGCCUACACAAUAAAGAAUAAUCCAUUCUUAAUGGUGGGUACUGAAGAAGGCUCACUUCAUACCUUGGCAGCAACUGAUCUAAGCCAAAUUUUGUACAAAAAAAUGUUUCAGAACUGUGGUACACAGUUGUCUUUGUGUUCACCAGAUGGACAAUGGAUACUUGUUUGUCCUAGCAAUAGUGCUUUUUCACCAAAGGUGUUUAACACAUAUUAUGCAACUCAGCCAGAAGAUGAUGAUUUGAUACUAUCUAGUCCUUUACCUAUUACAAAUCAUUGCCAGGCAACGUGCUGGUUACCAACUGAGUCAGCGAGAAUUGCCAUUUUGCACAAAAAUGAGAUGUUUCACAUUGAUAGCUUUGAUCUAGCAAUUGAGAAGUCUAAAUACAAAAAGACUGUAACAGCUAAACAGGUUGCAAGCUUCACAUUACCAGCCCAACAGCAGAUGACAAAUAUGAAAGGAUUUGGCAAGCAAACCCUUCUUAUAGCAGCUGGACCAGAACUAACAGUAUAUUCUCUGAGCGGGACUGUAUUGAUGGCUUUCAAGGAUCAUCAUAAAAUUAUUACAUCUAUUUGGGUGGAUCCUUUUCAUGUCGUAACAUCUUCCAUGGAUCUUUCACUCCGUGUAUACUACUGGAAAAAUAACAAAUCCUCUUUGUUGACAAGUUGCUAUCAUUUAUUGGGAGGAUCUCACAGAUGGUCAAGUGGCUUCAGAUCUGUAGCAUGCGAUGAUGUCAGCAUUGUUGGAAUAGUGGCUGGAAUUGAUGGCAAAGACAUUUUAAGAGCAUAUUCCUUUCAUCUGUAAGAGUUCCAUGCACUUGUUUCACUCUAAACAUUUUCCACCAAGUUGUCCAACUCAAAUGAUAAUAGAAACAUGAUUGAAACCACUGCAACUAAUUGACUGAAGUAAUAGAUUACCUUUUCAAUAACCAAUUUGACUAAAUUCCACUUGGCUUGAAAAAGACCCACAGGAGCUUUGUCUAGCUUUAUUAAAUGUAUCUUAUACCUUAUAUGUGUGUGUAUAUAAUUUUAGAUUGUUUACAUAUGCUUGUUUUUCUAUUUUCCCAUUCAUAAAAAGGCUACUUUCUAAAAAUUAUAACUGAAUGUACAAUAUAAAUUAUACUUGUGGAAAACAAAACU